CCUGCACUGGCGGGCGGACCCGGGCGGUUCAUUCAUUUUCCGGAUGGAGACGUGGAGCGCGGAGCGUGCGGUCGGCCCGGAGGAAGCGGAAGCGCGAAUGAGGGUGGCCCCGGGCGCCUGACCCGGCCGCACCCAGCGCCCCGCGGGGACCCGGUGCCAGGCCCGUCACUCGCCGCACCAGCCGGGGAAGGGGUGUGUGUGACCUCCCGCAGGGACCCGGUGCCCCAGGCCGGCGGGGCACGCGAUGCCCCUGAUGGUGGAGGACGCCAUGAAGCUGCUGUGCUCCCUCUCGGAGGCGAGGAAGAUGAAGGCGGCCGUCAAGCACGCGGGGCGGGGCGCCCUGGUCACCGGCGCCGUGGCGUUUGUCGGGGGCCUGGUUGGGGGCCCGCCGGGACUGGCCGUUGGGGGCGCCGUCGGGGGGCUCUUAGGGGCCUGGAUGACGAGCGGGCAGUUUAAGCCGGUCCCCCAGAUCCUCAUGGAGCUGCCGCCCGCCGAGCAGGAGAAGCUGCUCAGCCAGGUCACGGCCAUCGUCAGGCACCUGGAGUGGACGGACGCCGUGCAGCUCACCAUGCUGGUCAUGGGCAGCGAGGCCCUGCAGGAGCGGCUGCUGGCGCUGCUCGUGGGCUACGUCACCAAGGAGCUGCAGGCCGAAGUGCAGUACGGCGACUAGGCUCGGGGGCACCUAACUCGGGGGGCUCCCGGGGGCCCUGUGCUGGGUCCUGAUCUGGGCAAUACUGAUGAAGAUGCCGUGGGCGCGGCCCGUGGGCAGCUACGGAGCAGAGGCGCCUGUGGCUGCCGCGGGACAGGCUCUGCAUCCCCGCUCCUGACACGGAGGGCGGAGGGGUCAGCUGCUCGGCUGUGAAGGUGACUCUGUCCGGGCCCCCCUGGCGGGACUGGGGCCCCUCCAGGCCCUGCUGGAAUCAUGCGGCCCCUGAGAGCACCCCCUGCCCCCCAGUCCCUUCCGAGGGGCCUCAUGGGGAGGGAGUGGGGGGCACCAAGGGCACCGGCCCAGCUGCCCGGCCUCACCCCUCUGGGUCCGCUGGGGGAGCCGCUGCGGCAGGAGGAGCUGUGCUCCUGGUGACCUGGUGGACCAGGACGACCCCUGAGAAGUGACCGCCCUAAAGUCCCACACUGUCCUGCCUCCAGAACCGCAGGCCCGUCUGCGACCCCACACGGUUCUGAACAGUCUUUGCCCUCUGAUUCCUGAAAAGAUCGCUAACCCGGGAGGCGUGCACCCCCACCGCCAGGGACAAAGGGAAGGCCCGGGGCUGGGGACUUUACACGUGGAAGGAAGCUGGGGAUUCCCUGCCUGAGGCCCCCUUUCCAGGCUGCUCUGCCUCCCCGUGCCUCCAGGGGGCACUGCUCCA